AUGGUGGUAUUCAAACUUUAUACAUUUAAAUCAGAACAUAAACGUAUUAAGAGACUUACCGAAGCCAUUUAUAGGCCUUUGGAUAUUUUUCGACAAUCAUCAAAUGAAGAAAUACGCAACAUUAUAGAAGAUACCCUUUAUUAUGAAAAUAUCCUUGAAAACAUAGUUGAAUGGCUUGUUAUUGGUCUUGAUUUGGGUCUACUCUCUGUUUUACUCAUAAACUUUGGAGAAAUACCUCUAAGAGGGGCAUUUCCAUUUGACACAUCUCAUUUACCAUUUUAUGUAAUAGCUACAAUCAUUCAAACUGGUACUGCAAGUGUAUUUUCAAUAACACUCGCUGCAAUGAAUGAACUCAUAUUUUCAUAUAUUAGAUGGAUAAAUAGCCAAUUUCGAAUACUUACAAUAGCUUAUGAAGAAAAUUUUGUUCAAGAUAUUUUGGCAAAGAUAAUCAAUUCUGAAUCAGCAUCAUUUGAAUCAUUCAGAAAUUCAAAUCAUUAUGGAAAAAAUCUUUAUUUGAAUGAUAUUGUUACUGAGUUAAAUUCAAUUUUUAAUUCUACAAUGUUAGUACAAGUUUCAUCGAGUUGUUGUAUCAUUUGCCUUACGUGUUUUCAGUUAGUUAUGGGAGAUUUGAAAAGUGAAUACAAACUAUUGUUUUUUUUCGGAGGAGCUUUGACAGAAUUAUUUAACUUCUGUUGGUUUGGUAGUGAACUUAUAUCAGUGAGCGAUUGUGUAAGUGAUGGUGUAUGGUUAUCGGGUUGGGAAAAAAACCUUGAUUUUGAGGUGAAGUCUCUAAUGCUGAUGUCUUUAAUAACUGCUAAAAAUCCAUUAGAGAUGAGAGCUGGAAACUUUUUUGUUAUAUCAUUGGAAACCUUCAUUACUGUAAGUAAAUGCAAUACCGUAAAAUAA